AUGGGCGAAUACAACGCAGAAACUACCAGACAUGGCUCUGCCUAUCAAGGCUAUAUCUCAAGCUACUCUGUCAACCGCAAUUACCCGGAGCUGCAAGUCUACGAGGCUCUUCGCCUUACUCACGGAGACUACCACAUCACAACUGUCGCUGACAGGAGCGCCGAUCUGAUCGCUUACGCAGAAGCUGGCUACGCGAAAGCGAAUCUGGUUCGCGAAGGAGACAACUUCUUCAGCGUUCGAUCGUACGCGCCUCCAGCAACCCGGCUCGAGGGCGGAGAUGGUAACAUCGGCGAGGAAAUUCGCUUCGGCUUAUUCAAGUACUGCUUCGAGGGUGAAUGGCUUGACAUCUAUCAAGCUGACUGGUAUCCGUACCAAGGCGCUGGAGACACGGUUAGCUACUGCUAUGUACUGACGCCGAAGUCAUCACUCGGUGAUGCUGAGGUGCAUUCACCUGUAGCAGAUCGCCUGAUCACUGCUGCUGGAAAGUGGUCUUCUGUCCUCCACAAGGAGGUCUAUGUGUUCGAUUCUGGCUACUGGACUAAGUCGAAGACGCUUUGGACUGCUGUUCAAUCAUCCUCUUGGGACGAUGUCAUUCUUGAUCCAGCAAUGAAGGAGACCCUCAUCAAAGACGUGGAGGGUUUCUUCGACUCACGGGAGACAUACGAAGAAUACGGUGUCUCCUGGAAGAGGGGCAUUAUCAUGCACGGCACUCCUGGCUGCGGCAAGACGAUUUCCAUCAAGGCACUUAUGAACUCACUGCAGUCUCGCAAUGUCGCGUCUCUUUACGUCAAAUCAUUCAAGGCCUGUCAGGGCGAGCAAUACUCUAUUCGCGCCAUAUUUCAGAAAGCACGCAUCAUGUCUCCCUGCAUGCUCAUAUUUGAGGAUCUGGAUAGUCUUGUCGUCGACAAAGUUCGUUCCUACUUCCUAAACGAGGUGGACGGACUGGAGAACAAUGAUGGCAUCCUAAUGAUCGGCUCCACCAAUCAUCUCGAGCGUCUUGAUCCAGGAAUCAGCAAGCGGCCCUCCCGCUUCGAUCGCAAAUACCACUAUCGUCUACCGGGUGAGAAGGAGAGACUUCUUUACUCCGCUUACUGGAAGAAGAAGCUUUCCAAGAACGACAAGAUUGACUUCCACGACGAUGUUCCUGCUGUGAUAUCCAAACUUACCGAAGGGUUCAGCUUUGCGUAUAUGAAGGAGCUAUUCGUCCAGACCUUACUCACCAUCGUCAGUGGUCGCGCUGAAGUCGAAGACGAGGACGACGAGUAUGAUCACGUUGCAGAAGCCGAAAAGGAAAGCCAAGCCUUCGAGGCCGAUACCAAGAAGCCCAAGCGACCCAUUUCCGAGAUUACCGUUCCAUCUCACCUGGAAUCAAACGUAUUUCUCAAAGUCUUGCAAAGACAGGCCAAGCUGCUGUGGAGAGAAAUGGACAACUCUGAAGACGAUGAGGUGCAUGGAAAGAAAAAGGCUGCUGGACCUUCAAAUGCAGAGAACGAUAACAGUCUGAGUGACGACGAGGAAAGUGAUUGUGGGUGCUAG